GCCUACAUGGAAAUUAAAAAGAAAAAAAAAAAAAAAAAAUAUCUUUUUUUUCCCCACUUAAUGAAUAUACCCCUUUUUGGCUGCUUUCCACUUUGUGGCUCCAAAAGGAGGAAAUGAAAAAAAAAAAAAAAAUCCAUCACAAUACAAUAUGGCCACGGCGAACUUGUAAAAUCGGAGCGAGACUGUAGAGGAUCGCACAGAGACGCCGGGAAUGUAUUUCUUUCCAAAACGGCUCAUCAUAAGGAGGAAAAAAAAAAAUAAAUAAAAAUAAGCAUUCCCCCCGCCGGUGUAUACAUAUGUGCAUACACACGUACAUGCGUGUGCUUCCAGCUGCACACCGCGCUAGUGCAGGAUGGCGUUCAGGUUUAAGCGGGAAGGCUGCUACAGCAAAAACAGGCUAAGCGAGCUGUUCCGGAAAAACCAGAGCUUCGUCAACCAGCUCAUGUACGACGUGACGGCCUUCCACUACGAGAAUUACAUGAAAAAUAAAAUUCGCCAGAGCAUUAUGAGCAACUACAACAACAUUGAAAAAAUACAGUCCAUGCUAAGCUUGAUAAACGGCGAUAAGGAAAAUGCCUUCAAAAUUAAAACGGGACACUUCCUCUUCCGCAGCGGAGUGCCAGUUAUAACGCCGUACAUCCAGCAGACCAACGAGUUCGCAGAAAACAACAACUACGUGUACAAUUUUAAAACCAUCAAAAGGAAGUACCUCAAAGAUGCUUACGAUUCGUACAAGCACAAAAUUGGCGGGACCGACCCCUCCGUCCCCGUUUUCUACAAGCAUAAGUGAGAGCGGUGUGUGCAACGGUUUGC